CCUCAAUCUUUUUACAACACUUCUUAAAAAUUAUUUAAUGAUUGAUAAUAUAAUAUAAUAAGAAACGGAACAUUUAUAAAAUUAUCAAAACUUUCAUUUGUAUUUUUUUUUUUUUUAGACCUUCGGUUCACAGAAAAUCAAAAAUAUAUAUUUUUCCCACUCAAAAAGUUGUCCAGUCAUUGCCCUUCAAAGUAUGGCUCAAACUGUACUAUCAAGACCCAUCCCCACAUGAAAGUUCCACAAAAACUUAAACAAUGCUCAUUAUUCUAUUGACUUUCCUGUACUCUAUCUCUCUCAAAGUUUUCUGUAUUUUCCCUAGCCGUAUGUAUUCUCCCGUCAAGCCCAUAUCUACGAGUUUGCCGCCUUUUCAGAGCUUUUCCGACGAAACGGAAAAUUUUCUCUUGUAGCUAAAAAAUCUAGAUUGCAUUAUACUGGGUUUUAUUACCUCCAUAUAAAUAUACUACCCAAAAAGUUUUAACAAAUAUACUUCCUUUUGCUUCUUUUUUUUCAAUAUAAUGUGAAUCAAAAAUACAACAAAUAAUCUGUCAGAUGAUGGUAAUGAAGUAUAGAUCAUGGCUUGCUGAUAUUUCGCCUCAUCUCAAAACAUCUAUCCUCCAUCUCCUCUUCAAGAUGCUUAUAGAGAUUCCGUGGUAAUUUAUUACUAAAGUGUAUCUGGAGUUUCUUAUACAUGGAAGUCAACCAAAUGUGGAAUUACUAAAAAAUAGUAGAUCUCAAUAAUAACACAUCGUAUUUAUGUGAGAAUUGUACUCCUAAAAAUAUGCUUGUACAAUACAUGCCAUCUAUUUAAAUUUCCUUUAAUGAAGUGUGUAAAUAAAUAAGUUUAAGAUCCAAGUAUUAACACAAUAGUGAAACAGUUAUGAAGCUGUUUUGGGUUGGACUAUUUUCUAUGAGAGGAUAGUCAUUUUUCUUCACAUCGAAGGAGUUUCAAGAUUGGUUAGAUAUUUCGAAUUUUCAUUAUUUACUUGACACUCCAUCAUUAUAUAUCGAAGUUUUUUUUUUUUUGUUUUUUUUAUAAUAGUCCGUUCUGAGAAAUUUUUUACAGAAAUAGAUGCCUGGGAGAAACUUAGUUUUCGACUUUGAAUGAACGUGUUAAAUUCUAGUGUAUUUUUAUUCUAUGCAGGGGCAAAACGUACUGAUAGAAUUUAAAAUAAAAGUAUUUUAAUAAUCAUUUAAAUUUUAUUUUGCCUUUUAUUUUUGAUUGUAGUGAGUAUACAAUCAUCUUAUAGUGAACCUCUACAGUAAUCUAUUAAAAAAUACCUCUGUAAAUCGAAAGCCUAAAUAACUCCAAGUUUUUUUUUCACGUUUAAUACAUCGAUGCUUCACUAAUUUAAGUUUAAUGUUUUAGAGAGAGAAUCAGUUUAUUUUCAUAAAAGGGUGCUGGCCAAUUAUGUUGGGUUGCUUCAAACACAGCAUACUUAUUAAUCACUACAGACAAUUUUUUAAAAUUAAUAUACAAUUAUAUAGUAUUAACAAUAUAUAUAUGAGCAUAAUAUACAAUAUAUAUAUUUUUUUUUCUCUCCCCUUAUAUAUUUUUCUUACUCCUCUUAUUCCCUCCUCUCUCUUCCUAACCUAAUUCAUACAAAUACAUAAAGUACAGUGGACGUGUUUAAUAAAUAAUAUAAAUAAAUAAAUAAUAAUAAAAAAGGUUUAAUCUUAACUUUGAAAUCAUUUGCUAUUCUUGAAUAAAUCAUUUCCAUUGUAAUAUUGAAAUCAUCUUACUAGUACAGUAUUGAUAAUUUUGGGGAAAAAAUAUAUAAAAUAAAUUAUUAAUAUUAUAUAAAAUAGUGCGAAUGUUUACGUUACCUGUACAAGGCUCUACGCUAUCAAGUCUUUCUGCGUUUUAAGUUGUUAAUUCAUAUCCGUUCCAAGGCCGUUAAAAAUGUACGAAUAAUUGUAAAUAAACGGUGGAAGGUACGGACGGCAAUGUGAUGAAUGUAUAGAGGAAGCUAUUUUAAUUGACUCCCCAUAAAUGCAAACGAGCCUCAAAUGGGAAAACGAAGAAGAAAUCCUGCUGUAUAUUUUAUAGAAACCAUCAAGGAUAGAUGAAAUAUGGUCUUCAUCCAGUACCUGUCUUAUUUAUUUCCUGUUAUUUAAAUAUUUUAUUUCUUAUUUUUAUUUUAUUUGUUAUUUUUUUUGUUAUGCGUUUAGAUUUUCUGUAACUUGAAACGAUAUGGAUAUACGAGUAUAUUCUAAUUUUUUAUAUCUUGUAAUUCAUAAGUUUCAUAAUUAGAAAUCUUAAAAAGCAAUACUCGUUGGUUAUUAAAUAAUUAUCUUUUUUGUACUUUAGUAUUUUUUUUAAUUAUAAUGGAUAUUAAAUAACUAAUAUAAAAGCUAUUUGGUGAACUAAUUACAUAUAGCUUAGUAUAUGGGUAGAUAGCUCAGUAUAUAAUAGAUUAAUUAUCCGAACAGCUUAUCUCAUAAAAAUGCCUUUAUUAAAUUAUUUUCGAAUCUAUAAUUAUAGUAACAAUCAGUAAUGGAGGAUGAAAUUACAUCGAUUACAUGAUUAGGCAUGAGGAAACCUAGCACCCUUGGGUACGAUCCCCCGGUCAGCUACUGCUUAAGUGGUUGGAUCAGAUCCCUCAACCAUUUCCUCUUCAGUCUUCUUCUUGGGCGAUGCAUAGCCUAAGCAUCUACAAGUGCCCAUAUGCCUAUGGUCUAUGGUCCAGGUCCACUGACUGGUCUAUAGACCGAAAAAAUAUUUUUUUUUUUAAUUUUUCGUUUACUGUGGAGUGUUGAAUAUUUUCGUAGGGUUUAUGUAAUUAUAGGCUUACCCGAUAGUUAAUGAAACGAGAGUAUUUUCAUUCAUCAAAAUACGCUCCAUUACUCUCAACAUAUAUCUGCCAACGACUUUAAUUUACUUAGUAACUUUUCCAUCCCUUCUAAUUUUUUUUUAAAUUUAUUUAUUCAUCAUAUUUACGACUGUAUCAGAACAUAAAUACAUCUAGUAAAUGUGUACUCAGGAAUGUAAUGACAUGGAAACGCUUGUUGAGAAACUACCCACUGAUAUCACUCUAAUAAUAUGUCUGAAUAAGGAGAUAUUAUUUUCAGACGCCUUGGGGUGUUAUCAAGGAUCGAAGAGGAAGCAAGGUUAGAAACAAGAGGGUUCGGAUAAUUCUGAAGUUUAUUAUGGAAGGUUAGGUAUCAAAUCGGAUUACAUUAAGGUCGUUAUGGAUGAUUUUAUUUGUAAAAAAGAAAAGAGCAUUGAAGAUUUUACGAAGAAUUUUAGAUUGUAUAAGGAUUGGAUAAGAAAGGAAUUCGAUGGUUUAGUGGAGCCCCAAAUCUCAAUACCGUAAGUCCAAAUAGGAUUUAUUAUACUCACAUACAUAUGAGUCUUUUGUAAUUCAGUGAAAGUUAAGAGCGUUUGUCAAGUAAAUGCUGGAGCAGUCGGAAACGUCGAACGUAAACGUUUUAGUUAUCUUUGAGGAUUCCAAAUGAGACGCUUGUCCAUCUAAAUAUUGAAUCUUUAUUAAUUAUAAAUUUAAAAAAUGUAAUCUCUAAACAGUUCUGUUCAAUAAAAUUCUAAUCUUAGAGAGGAUUACAGAGAGGUCUAGAGUAAAGAGCGAAAAAUGUUUUUUUCUGUUUUGGGAAAGAGCUGCAGCUAAAGUUCAUUAAUCAAAUUUUUAUAUGCGGUCGUUUGAUGCAUGAGGAAACCGAAUCGAUCUGUAGAAUAAAAGUUUUUCUAGAACUUCUCGAAAUGUUGUUCGGGGAUUUUCUUCGGUCACAGAAAAUUCUCAUCAAUCCAUCCAUGACAACCCCUCUCGAAAUUUUCUAAACCAUCGUUGCACUUUGCAAGACCAUGACAAGAACGUCUAACUGUUGCAAGACCAACACCAGGACUGGUAAAAAAAAAUCGAUUUUUUGAAUAAAAAUUAAGGCGAAAUAGUUACUAAUACUUGACAAUUUUAGUUACUAUAUAUAUAUGUAUAACCAAUAUACGUUUGCACUUAACUCCUCGAAUUUUUCAUUCGGGCUUAGUUAGGUUUCUCCUAUCUGAAAAAGUACAGUAAUAUCUCUGCAGUAAUAAUCUAAUAAGUAACUGCAAGACUGUUGCUAGACUCUUGCGCAAGACCAAGCCCAUGACCAAGACUGAGUUUGCAAGACCAAGACUCGUCUCGGUCUCGCAUUUGGGCCUACGCUUCAUUAUAAUUUCUGGCCGUUUAGGAGUUGGUCCGACCGAAUUUAUUUAAACUCGUAAAACGAAAAUAUGCAAAAAAAUUCCCUUUUAAUCAAAUUAUUAAUAUCCGUCUAAAAAUUUCGUAAAUGGCUACAUCUCAUCGUAAUUCACAACUUUUUUAUUUACGAAAAUUCUCAUAAAUGGGGCAUUUUCUAAUUAAUUUAAUGGGGUAAUAAAAGUCUUGGAUUCGCUUUCCACUUGAAUUCUAAGAUAAUUUGAUCACAAAAUCGUGAAAAAAUACGAAGAACAAAAAUAUUGUAUCGUUUGGCCUGGAUAAGCUCCUAAUUUUGACAUUUUAGGGGUGAAGGCCAUGUCGAGUGGCCUAAUAUUUUUGUAGGUCACCCUUUUUUCUCGAUUCAUCAGAUCAAAUUAUCUUACUAUUCAAGUGAAAAGCAAAAGAGUUUUCAUGAGUUUUUUUUUUUUUACCACAUUAAAUAGGCAAUGUUUGGACAUAUGUUAAUAAUUUGUUAGAAAGGGGUUGUUUACUGCGGAUCAUAGAGGGUUUAUGAAAAGGAGAAAUAAAAUCAGUAUAAUAAAUAAAAUAAAAUAAAAUUAGUAUAAUUCUCCGUUAGUUUCAUUGUUUCCAAAGUGAAAGUACAAUUUUUCUUUCUUUUUUUUUUUUUAGUUUGAGAUCCAUAUUUUUAAUGAGUGAGCUUAAUGAUGAGGUGAAUGGGCGACUCAUCUUCAAUUUCUUUUUACACCAGCGCGCUCACCGUUAUACGAGGUUAACCAUUUAGCUAUGUCCGAAAUAGGUAAUUGUAAGCACGUGUACCGAGGCUAAUAGCCCAUAGAGGCCCGAGGUAUUUGCUGGCCGGCCGGCAGAGUGGGGAACCGCCAUAUUGGUUGCAUUACCCUGGUGCAAUGUUCAUAUGCACACAGUCGCAUCUUAGCUGCGGUAGGAUCGGUACCAAGCAUGGACCCCACUGGUACCGUAUCCGGCUGCAUUUCCACGCUCUCAUGCAGUCGGAGCAGCUGACCUAGUGGGUUCGUGUUGUGUUUCUCGUCCGGCUUCACCACGAUCUCGUCACCGUUGGACCUCCGUUCCUCUCCGGGGGAUCAGAUGUCGAGCGAGGCGGUCCUCAUACAGCGGCCGGUCUUCAAGAUGAACCCCGCAUCCGACUUCUGGCAGCGGGGGCCGCCGCUGCCGCCCAGCCCCCGGGGCAGUCCACAACAAGUACAACAGCAGCAGGUCCAGCAGCAACAGGAACAGGACAUGCAGCCACAGCCUAGCUCGUCCCCGCAUGAGGUGAAGGUGAAGGUGGAAUCUCCACCUUUGCCUUCACCUUCUGGUCCACAGGGGAUGCAGGGCCUUCACCAACAAAUGAUGCAACAGCAACAAAUGCAGCAGCAGCUGGACCAGCAGCAACAACAGCACCAACAGCAACAACAAAUGCAACAGCAGCAACAACAACAACAACAGCAACAACAAAUGCAGCAGCAGGUUCAGCAGCAGCAACAGCAACAACAACAACAGGCCCAACAACAGGCACAACAACAGAAUCAGCAGCAACAGACGGGGCCGCAACAGGACAUGCCUCAGGACCUGCAGGUAAACAGUGGCAGCCCGUCCUUACAGCUUCCAGACCCCAAGGCUAUGACCGAGAAGCUCGUCAGUGAGUUACAGAUCUUCAUGCACAAGUCGGCGAUGCAGAUGCACGCCAGGGAGCUCUCGAGGCCGCCGGAGGUGAACAAGCCUCACCAGUGCCAGCAGUGCCUCAAGUCCUUCUCCUCCAACCACCAGCUCGUCCAGCACAUCAGGGUCCACACCGGCGAAAAGCCCUACAAGUGCUCCUACUGUGAGCGCAGGUUCAAGCAGCUCAGCCACGUGCAGCAGCACACCAGGCUACAUACAGGUGAACGACCCUACCGCUGCCACUUGGCAGAGUGCGGCCGGGCCUUCAUCCAGCUCUCCAACCUGCAGCAACACCUGAGGAACCACGACGCCCAGGUCGAGCGCGCCAAGAACAGGCCAUUCCAUUGCACAAUUUGCGGCAAAGGGUUUGCCACAGAGUCCAGUCUGAGGACGCAUACUACAAAGGAGGCUGAGCUCCGUGUGGAUGUGUUGCAGCAGCAUGCCGCUCUCAUCGGAGGACCAAACACCACUUCCUGCCCGGUCUGCCACAAGAUCUUCCUUGGAACGGAGGCGCUCAUGGACCACAUGAAGCACGCUCACAAGGAUCCAAACACGACUACCAUGCCAAUGCCGUUCGCGGACAUGUCAGGUAGCCCCUACGUGGCGAAGCGGCGGACUGCGAACCACCCCUGUCCCGUUUGCGGGAAGCACUACGUCAACGAGGGCUCCCUCAGGAAGCACCUCGCCUGCCACCCGGAGACCGCACAGUUCGCCACCUCCCUCAGGAUGUGGCCCUGUUCCGUCUGCCAGGCCGUCUUCACCCAUGAGUCAGGACUCCUGACCCACAUGGAGCACAUGAGGAUGGACCCCAAGCACCAGUUCGCCGCACAGUACGUGCUGUCGCGAGCUGCGGCAGAGCGGAGGGAACGAGAGAGCUUACUGGCGGCGGCCGCGGGUGGGCUGGGUCUACCCGGCCUCAGCGGCGGCCCCGGGCCCGGCUCCCCGUCCGCCCACUCCGACAGCAGCGGCGGCGGCGAGGGGCGGCUCAGCUCGGCCGGCUCCGACACCGCCGCGCCCACCGCCUCCACGCCCAACACCCUCCUCCUCCACAACAAUAACAAUAACAACAACAACAACACCGCCACCGCUAAGCUAGCUGAGCUCAUGGCAGCCAGAUCAGGUCUGGUAGAUGCGAGCGGAAGCAAUGGUCACCCUUUCCUGAACCAACAGGGUCAGAACUACAACAGUGAGGACCUACAGAGGGCGGCGACGGCACUGAUAGUGGGGCAGCAGCAGGCGGCAGCCGCCGCGGCGAUGGGAGUGUCGGGGGCCGAGUCCCCUAGCGGGGCGGCCUCCGUGGUCCAAGUCGCAGCGGCCAACUUAGCCGCCGCCAUGAGGAUGACCCAGUCCUCCGCCCUCCAGCAGAAUCAGCAAGUCCACAGUAAUGGACAAGUAGGAGCGAAUGCAGAAAGCAUGUCGUCGGCGAUGCAGCUGAUGAACGCUGCCGUCCGUGCGUCGAUGACCUCGAUGGUGAUGGACAACGCGGCCAACCACCAGCUGCAGGCCCAGCAGGACCAGGGCUCGGCCCUCCGGAUGCAAGAGGUCCUGCUGAGGUCGCAGGCGGAGGCGGCGCUGCGGCUGGCGGUGACGCAGGCGGUGGUGGCCUCGACCUCUUCGGCCGACAACGGCCUGCGGGGGCCGCAGCAGGGCGGGCAGGGCUACCCCGGGCAGGUCUCCCCCGACCUCACCGAGGCCCUCCGCCUCCAGGAGCAGCGCCUCGAGCAGGCCCUCCGCCUCCACGGCGACCCGAGGGCGCUCGGCUUCUCCCUCUCGGCCAACAGCCAGCAGCACCACCUCAACCCAUGAGACUUCUCCUAUUUCUGAACUAGAUCUUAUGUAUCUACUUAAUUAGCUAAUGUUGUACAAAUUCCCACUGUCCCCUUUGUAUUUCCAUACAGCAUGUAUAUCAGAGCAUCGUGUAAAUAAGUUUUUUUUUGUGUUGACGCUUCCCAAUUAUAUUUAGUUUUAUGACUGCGUAAGAUUGGCAGAAAUGGCUGACGUUAUGAUGAAAGAUUAAAAGUUUGUCAGGAUGGUUUACCGUACUGAUGAAAUUAUGAUAUCUUUGCAAUAUAGCGAUGUAUAUUGUUUUCAAGUAUCCGUCAUUUGUGCCAGAAUAGUUUUGAUGACGUCCGGAACAUUCGAUUCCGUUGUAGCCUGGUAGCAAAUAUAAAUUCAAAUUCCUCUAGUUGGGCAUUAUUAAUUUUUAAGGUUAUUUUAUAUCAUAAAUGUAGAUUUAAAUCGAAUUUAUGGCAGGCCUAAAAUAUUUAUUAUAAAAGGUGUAUUGACUAUAAAAUUUCUAUUGUUGGCGUUUACGGUCUGCCAGCCCCAGGCCAGCAACGGACCGAAUGUUCCAGAGGCUGAACACGCGAUUUCAAGUCCUUCCUUUCAUCCAAUGUGUUAGUGAUAUUUGCGUAUUCGUUAAAGUGUACAUGGAGAACUUACUGUAAUAAGUAAGCGAUUAUUAUUUAUAUAAUUUUGUUAUUGAAAGCAAUCUAUAUAGCGGCGCGUUAUUAUUAAGUUGAGUUCCAAAAUUCAUAAAUAGCCCGAACAAUUGGUAAAUUAGUGUAUUUUUGAAACAAUGACUAUAUUUCAGAAAGAAAAAAUAAUUGAUUUUUAUAAAAUUAUUAAAUGACAGGGUGAAGCGAAUUUUAUGACUUUGGAAUCUUUUAAUUUUUGUUCUGGUUCAAAAGAAAUGAGGAAAAAUGUAUUGUAUUAAGGACAAUUUUCGAUGGAUUAGAAAAUAAUAUUGGUUGUAAGGAGUGAAAAAUCAAAAGUCGGCUAAGUUUAUUAUACAUAUUAGAACAUUUGAAUAAAAGAAUAAUUAUAUAGGUAUGUAGUCGUUACAACAAAAUUACUAUUUUAUUAUUACAUAGUUUAAAAUAAAAUAUUUUAUCAUUCAGCUCUUUUAUGGCUAUGAAAUUUUAUUUACAUGAAAAAAAAAAAAGUUAUAUUGAAGACUCCACAGCUUCGGUCAUAAAGCUCGCAUCAGCCUUCAAAAAUUGUUGCGUGGAAAGCCUUGUAUGAAAUGUAUACUAUGUCAAUAGCUGUGGUUAGAGGUACUCGCCUUGUUUAGAUUUUUAAUUUUUAUUCGAUAGAAAUUAAGUAUGACGACUGAUAUUAUUUAAAAAUAUUUUUUUUAAUUUUAACCACUUUUAUUUGUUAUUUGGGGGUUGCAAUUUAUUAUGUUUUUUUUGUAAUAUUUGAAAUCUAGAUUAAUGUUAUUAUAAUAUAUAUAUUUGUUUAUUGUUUCAUACAUGAAUUUACUAAUAUAUUUCCUAGAAGAACAAAGAAUUAUAAGAGUAAAACAAAAACGUCAAUAAUUAUAUGAUAUUAUAUAUGAGAUGUUUUAUAUUAAAUAUAUAUAUAUCAGAUGUAAUUGAUAAUAUUAUAUUCUUUAGUAUGCUGAUUUUCUCAAGAAAAUUUGUUUAAAGUAGAUAUAAAGAAUUAAUGAAUAGAUUCUGUAAAAGAUAUAACAUUUCACUUAAAGUUGCAAUCAACACGGGCACUAUUAGGCAAAUUUUGUUGAAUGUUUUGUGUUUUGUUUUUUGGGGAAAAUUAUAACCUGUCAAGCUUGACCAACUUUCAGAAUUGGUUUUAUAAUUUUUUAAAUAAAUUGUUCCGUUGUAUUGCUUUAGUUCUGUUGUUGUUUUUUAUAUGUUGUUUGUGUUGUUCUUUUCCUUUUCUGUUAUUUCUUUCAGCUAUUGUUCCAUGACCAAUGGUGCUUUAAUUUGUUAAGUUAUGAAGACUUGUUCGGCUGUUUUGUUUAUUAGGCUAAAUUUAUUAUGUCAGGUUUGACAAAGCAAUAUUUAAUUCUUCCCCCCGUGAAUAUUUAAUUUUAGAUUAAUUAUUAUAUUUUUUUAUUUUGUGUGGAUGUUGAUAGAGUGUUUGUUUCCCUCCUAUGUCUCAUUUACCCCACCAAGCUCAGAUAUAUAUAAAUACAUAAACAUAUAAAUAUAAAAUUUCUCCUUUUUUUUAAAAAAAGAAUAACAGUUACUAUAUACUCUGUAUAUUAUAUCUCUGUAGCACUUACACAUUUUGGUGCAAUCUACAGUCUCUAUCUUAUGUAAAUGGACAAUACUAGGUAAUUUUUUACUAUAGAAUUAACAGUUGGUAAUCUUAAAUUGCAAAUUUUAUGCAACUUAUGUGUAAGUUAGUGAGGGUUAUAAGCCUCCAAAAUUAUUAAUUUUUUAUCGGCCAAUAUCUAAAAAAAAAAAAAAAAGAAAAACAGUUAAAUAAUAUCGAAACAACCUUUAUUGAAAAUCAAAAUCAAACUGAACGUCUUUCGGUCUAUAGUUAUAAGUUAUAACCCUCAUAUAUUUGUAAAUAUAAUUGUAAAACAAUAGACCCGGUUUUAUGUAAAUCACCCCAUAGUGUAUAAAAUAGAUGUAUAUGCAGUAUGCCAUACGCUGGCAUAUCUAAUCACAUUUUUUUAGAAAUAUGGUACUGUACAUAUAGAAGUGUUACUUCGGAUAUAAGGCACUUUGCUUCAGCUUAUUUGCCCUUAUAUUCGUUGAUUUCUCUCACCUGAAUGCGACGCCUCUGAAACAAAAAUACUGGCUAUGAUGACAAUCCUUCACAUUUAUGUGCUCCUUCCAGAUCAAAUCAUUGUCUAAUAUUUUAUUACAAACAUUUUUUAGUCCCUCAAAAGUCUAAAAUACCAUACUGCUGAAAAAGACUGGGUAAAAUAGACGAUGAAUGACCUACCUUCUUGAGCCAAUGUGAACCUAUUUCAAUAGUGGUGAUGUGAGUUGUGUGAACAAGUUUAGUUUUUUCUAUUAUUAGUAUGUUAGAUAGGGGAUAAGUGUUUCUUUUAAAUAGUUGAUUAACAGUUUCAGUUUUGACACUUACAACUCUACUUGUUUGGUAAUAUUUGUUUUUAUCAAUUCAGGAUUCUGUUUCUGAAAAUGUUCAAAGCGCUAAGUUCAUAUGAGUCAUGCGUCACUGUUGAAUGAGACCGAAUCAAUCAAAAUCUCUCUAUUAUCUUCCUCUAUUUUUUUCAGUCAAUGUAUCCCUUUUUUUUUCACUUGCCUGCUUCUCACUUCAUAAGUUCUUCCCCAUCUUUCGAUCGAUACACAUAGAGCUUCCUCAUUACUACAGACUGCAGCCUUUUUUCUUGUCUACAAUUCUUUUUAUUUACAGGAGAAAAUGAUCUAAACCAAAUACAAAAUAGCCUACUUCUUCAAAAUACAAAUCAGUACAGAAUAGUCUGACACUAUUAUCAUAAUAUUAAAAAUUUCCACAACUGUAAUAGUACCAAUACACGUUCUGGGCUUUCCGGGGCGUGUACCAUAUACACCAAUUUCAUGGAUUUGCAAUAGCCCAAAACGUCUCAGUCGGACACUGGGACGUUCAAUAUUCUCACUCAAAUUUCCCAAUGACAUUGCAAUAGCUCUAAUACAUAAUAACACUUGCUAUUAUGUACCAUAUACACACAAUUUGAUAAGGCGACAAACCGGCUUCACCAUAAUAGUCUGAUACUAUUAUGUACCGAUGAUUGUAUAUAGCCCAAAUUACAUAAAUAGUAUGGCACAAUUAUGUACGACUACAAUAGACCGUUUACAUAAUUAAAGAUAUUAUGUAAACAGUAUUUGUAUAUAUUUUAAUUGUACAGUCCUUUAAAGGUCUAUUCGAGUCAUUUUUUUUCAAUGCUGCAAUAGCCCAUUGUGCUUCGGUCCCCACAGACUGGGGCGCACCAUAAUGCACCACAAAUUGUGUUAUUUACAAUAGCCCAAAUACAUGGUUGUCUUUCUAAGAUUACCAUGUAUCUACAUAUCUCUACUUGGCCUAGCCAGAUUGAAUCUCUCUAGAUGCCGGAAACAGUUUUUACUGUUGACAAUAGACAGGAACCACAUUCGCUGUGGUAUUUGCAAAACGUUCAUAAUUCACUCCGUAAGAACAGUGUCAAUACAUAAUGUCAAAUACUAUUAUGUAAUGAUAUAACAGUAUUUGCAUACCUUCAGUAAUCAUUUGUCUCGCCUAAACAGCGAGGUUUUUCUUGUAACAGCUUUAUUUCAAAUAAAGUUGCUACAUUCCAUAAUAAAAUAUAUUAUAAAAUUUUUUCUUGUAACCGUUAAGUUACAGAUAAAUGUAAUUGUAAGCUCAUAGUUAUUAAUCUUUCUUUGUUUGCUGUGGUUUUAUAUUGUGGUAUGCUUGAAAAACCAAUCACAUGCAGAAACCGUUUCCCAUGUUAGUAUAUGUUCUCGUGUUACCAUGUUAGAUUUUUACUUUUAAUGUUUUCAUGUUCAGUUACUCUUACUUCUUCUAUCUCCUUCUCCUUCCAGUUUGCCUUCUCUUAUCGUUUGUUGGUCAUUCAUAAUGAUGAUUAGUAGAUUGUUUAAUAGGUGCACAUAAAUUAAACAAUUCUUGAAAACUUCCGACAUCUUUGUUUAGAAAAAAAAUCUGAAAUGUUAUACCAACUAAUUGGAAAUUCGAGUGGCACCUACCAACUUUUUGUUACUUAUACGCCUUUACUUCACUUAAAUACACAUAUGAACAAUUUAGUACAAUAGUUUUUACUUCUACUUUAUAAUCUGUUAAGUAAGCAAGAAUGUUAAGAUACAUGAAUGUUUUACAAUUAACUAAUUAUAAUGCAUUCGGAGUCAUUUCAUAUCAGAAAAUGUUCAAUAAAUCUGUUGUUAACAAUAGUACCUCUUAACUAAUACAAAUGUUGCCGCCAAUGUGUUACUCGUAUUUUAGUAGUUGCUGUAUUAUUAUUGUUCUCAAUCCUGUUGUGUUGUGUUUUUUUUUUAGUUGUUACUAGACCAAUUUCUUUAGUAUAAUUUUAACAGCACCUUCCUACCUCUCUUAUAUGUUUAAUUGUUUUCGAUUAGUCUGUUAAAUAGGUGAUGCAUUUGCAAAUGCCUAUGAACAUUUUCUGAUAUUAGUAUAUGGUGACUAUACUCUAAUCAAAUAGUAACCUGAUGGUUUCAAUAGGAAGAAAACAGUCCAUAUUACAUAUAUUAUUAAAUAAAAACUGGCAAUGAACGAUCAUAAUAUUUCGUUUCAUCAGCCAAACUAAACAGUAUUUCUUGAAAUUGUUACACCACUUCAGCAUUAUAUAGUGCAUUAUAUGAUAUAUAUAUAAACAUGUCUAUACAUAUAGUUAACUGGUUAUAAACACGCAGCAUCAGGUUAUUAUUUUAAUUUCUGCUAUAAGUCCAAUAUAAUUGCUACGACAGUAAUAUUAUUAGUAAUAUUAAUAUUUUGAUUUGUAACAGUAUGUAAUAGUUUACAGGAUGUCUUAGUAGUCUCAAUAUUUAUUAGAAUACAUGUAAUAAUAAUCAGCCAUAAUACAGUUAAUAUAAUAAGUAUUUAUCUUUCUCUGAUAGGUGUACCAGUAAUACAGUUGUUCAUGUUUGUUUGUUUGCCAUAUUGUCACAUCACACCAUUUUGGUCUAUAGUAGGUUUAUAAUUUGCCACUUAUUUGCAUGACUUAAGGGGUGGUCAUUAUAUUGUGCGCACGAUCAUACAUUGCAAACAUUUGACUUUCCGGUUAAACAAAUCAAAAAAAGUGUUUACUUUGAAUAGAAUUCAAAAGAAUAAUGAAAAAAUAUAUAUAAAAAUUUAAGAAAGCGUCCAUUAGGCGAAAAAAAAGGAAAUAUGUUGUAUGAGUUAGAAUCGUAGCAACAUUUUUAUUUUAAACUUUAAAAUAGUUUUAAUGAACCAGCCUAAAGUAUUUACUCUAAGUAAUGCUUUCGCUAUGUUUAAGUUCCUAUAGGUUUGCAAUGGUAAAACAAUCAAGCUCCAUCUAAAAAAAAAUGAAAAAUGUGUGUAUGUUAUUGAAUGGGUGUGUAAUUUUAUGUUAUGAAAAUAGGCCUACAUGUGUAGCUACAUUAUAUUCCUGUACAUCAUAUAAUUUAUUUUUAAAAAUAUAUUCAGAUAUAUGUAUUCUUGACAUUAGGAUCUUGAGAGAAAACUACUCAGAAUAAUUAAAUGAUUAUGAUGAAAAAAAAUUAUAUACAAAGUAUGGCAUUACAUUAAACAUUUGUUUCCUCAUGAAUGUGUUAAGAUUUGGAUGUUCAAAACUCUAUUUUGUAGAAAUAUGUAUUUUGGCAUAAGUUGUUUGUUUAUAAAACAUUAUUAUGUCUUAUUGAUUGAUACCUUUAAAUUAUAAUAAAUAUAAAAAAGGAAACAAACCUACUAAAAUAUGUUGUGUAGUACUAUUGAUGUAUUGGAGAAUAAAAUUUAUUAAAGAAUUAUUCUUAUCAUUUUUAAUACUUU